GCCCGGAUUCCCCAAUUCCUCCAUCGGUUAAUAUCCUGCCUCAACCUCACUGCCAUCUUGUUUUCGAUUGAGAUACCCCUUCCCCUUUCUUAGUCCCAACCUCGACAUCUACCUUGAUAUCACCUCACCCCUUCAAUCCACCCGACGUCAAGAUGGCCUCCUACAGAAUUGCCGCUCCCGAUGAGUACCUUGCCAUCACUGGCAUGGGAAUCAAGAAUGUCAAAAUCACAAAGGCAGCAUGGGUCUGGCCCUUCCAACGAUGCGUGCGCUUCAGCGUGCAGCCGCACGACUACGCCAUGAACCUCCAGGCCAUGACCAAGGAGAAGCUGCAGUUCCUGCUCCCCGUCGUCUUCACCAUCGGCCCGGACGUCAACCAGCGCGGCGCCAACACGCGGCGCUUCGGCUCGUCCGUCGGCGCCGGCGGCGAAGAGGAGCCCGGGGACGAUUACCGCAGCGAGGACCAGGGGGAUGCUCUGAUGAAGUACGCCAUGCUGCUGGCCGAUUCGGGCAACACCGGCAAGGAUGCCAACGGCCACCAGUUCGUCGAGAACAUCAUCAAGGGCAUCAUCGAGGGCGAGACCCGCGUCCUGGUCUCCAGCAUGACCAUGGAGGAGAUCUUUACCGAGCGCGAGGUCUUUAAGCGCCGCAUCUUCCGCAACAUCCAGACCGAGCUCGACCAGUUCGGUUGCAAGAUUUAUAACGCGAACGUCAAAGAGCUCAAGGAUGCGCCCAACUCGGUCUAUUUCGAGUCCCUCAGCCGCAAGGCCCACGAGGGCGCGACGAACCAGGCGAGGAUCGACGUGGCCGAGGCCCAGCUGCGCGGCAACGUCGGCGAGGCCAAGCGCAAGGGCGAGCAGGAGCGCGAGAUCGCAAAGAUCCACGCGGAGACGGCGGUGCAGAAGACGGAGCGCGACAUCGAGCGGGCGUCGGCCGAGGCCGUCCUGGCGACGCGCAAGACGGAGCUCAACCGGGACGUCGAGAUCGCGCGGAUCGCGGCCACGCGCAAGACGGAGGCCCAGGACGAGGAGCUCAAGCGCGAGGUGCAGAUCAAGCGCGCGGCCGCCGAGAUGGAGCGCCUGCGCGCCACCGAGGUCGUCAAGGCCACCAUCGAGCGCGAGUCGCAGCAGCAGGCGGCCGACGCGAAGGCGUACCAGAUCGAGGCCGAGGCGCGCGCCAACUACGAGAAGCAGAAGCAGGACGCCGAGGCGGCCGCCUACAAGACCAAGCAGGAGGCCGAGGCCUGGAGCGCCGCCGCCAUCCAGAAGGCCGAGGCCGACCUGCAGCGCCGCCUCAAGGAGGCCGAGGGUCUCGCCGCCAUGGCCGACGCCUACGCCCGCCUGGGCCAGGCCCUUGGCGGGCCCGCCGGCCUGCUGCAGUACAUGAUGAUCGAGAAGGGCACCUACGUCGAGCUGGCCAAGGCCAACGCCGAGGCCAUCCGCGGCCUGCAGCCCAAGAUCAGCGUCUGGAACACGGGCGCCGAGCCCGCUGCUGCCGACGCCGCCCACCACCCACCCACGACGAGCAGCAUCGCCACCAUGCGAAACAUCUACCAGAUGCUGCCCCCCCUCAUGACCACCAUCAACGAGCAGACGGGCAUAACCCUGCCCGAGUGGCAGUUUGGCCGCCUGGCCGGGCAGAUGUCGCAGCUCGAGCGCAGCGAGAACCAGCCCAACGGCAAGAAAUGAGAGAAGCAGCCCUUUCUCUCUCUCUCUCUCUCUCAGAAUUACGGGAUCGCACGGAGUGAAAGGAGGGGAGAAAGAGAGAGGAUGGGGAGAGAGAGGAGAUUGAGGAUGACGUUUGGAGUCGAGUGAGCGUGGGCACACUUCCCGCUCAGCCAAGCCGUGUCCUCUCCUAGGCCGACAGCCUGUAUUUUUUUUUUUUUUUUUUGCUUGUUGUUUUCCUUGGUUUGUGCUCUGAUUACCGGCAGACGGCGUUCUGGUUGGCAACACACACAUACCCCGAGGCAGUUUGGUCUUCGCCUUUUUUUUUUCCUUUCCUUUGUCUACUUGCUCCAAUAUACCCAACCUAUACCUAGUCAGAUACCUAGCAGUUUCCUUAAUGAAUCAAUGCUCUUAGCCACAGAACAGUCGAUCUUGACGAAAAAUGUGCAAACACUACUAGGGUGUUGUCUUUCAAGGUAACAAGGUACCAAGAUCCAAGGUCAACCGGAGUAUAAUAAUUAUGACUUCAGUACGAUGUGUUAGCGGCUAAAAUGGAAUGGUUGAAGCGUGUUCCCA